UUAGACCGACAAGCCUCCAUGAUCCAGCACCUCCCCCUCAGCCAUUUUGACUUACUGAGGCAAAUUUCCUUUGAUGAUUUUCAAGAAAACCGUGUUACACAGUGGCAAAAGGCUCUAGGAAGCAGGAUGCCACAAGUGCCUCUGGGAAAAGUGAUCCUUUAUACCAGUGUGAUGACUAGUGGGGGCUGUGCCCUUGUGUAUUACCUUACACAAAAAGCUUUUUCCAGGGCUUCCUAUUACCAGUUGGCACUGGAGCAGCUGCAUAGCCACCCUGAGGCCCUGGAAGCUCUGGGCCCUCCUCUCAACACUCACCAUCUUCAGCUCAUGGACAAGUACAACUUUGUGGACAUUGCUGAUGCCAAGUUGAAGAUUCCUGUCUCUGGAUCCAAGUCGGCAGGCCAUCUCUAUGUCAUCUCCUCCAGGGAGGCCCCCUUUAAAAGUGUUUUCUGGAUUACUUUUGGUUUCUAUCAGGUGGCACCUUCAGGAGGUCUUCUUAGAGCUCAAGGAUGGUCAGCAGAUUCCCGUGUUCAAGCUCAGACAGGAGAAUGGUGAUGAAGUAAAAGUGGAGUAAAGGUGAUCAAAAAGACCCAGCUUUCUCCAAGCACGGCCUUCCCUCAUCAACAUGUCCCCUCUAUGCUCUCGAGCCAGUUUUCCAGCCACCAGAGCGAUGAUUAUAUGUGCUGGCAUAUGGUAAUUUUGUUUUAAUUCUGAUUCGACCACAAUAAACACUAUUGAGGUUUUAUUUAAUCAGACAGAAACGUUUACUAUAAGUUUAUAAUUAUUUGAAAGUUCUCUACAAAGGCACAGACUAAAAGGCAUCAGUAUUAAUGGAUGUUUGUUGAUUUUUUGGUUCUCAUCUCUUUUCUUUUCCUCUCCCCAAGCGCUCCUCCUACUUUUCAGCUCCGUCAGUGAGAAGAUUUACUAAAGAGGUUUUUAAUUUUCCAUGUUGGAAUGCUCAGGAAGUAUAGCCUUUUGUAUCCAUCACUCUACCCUGAAUUCAUAUUGUUAAGUAGCUUGUGGGCAUUCUCAUUUUGUAACUUAUUGCUUCAUUGUUGUUUUAUUUUCUGAUUUGUUUUUUAGUUAUCAACUGUCUGCCCAAAUAAAGGUUUGAAAAAUA